GUGUAUGUACAUGUCUGUGUGUGUACAUGUGUGUGUGUACAUGUGUCUGUGUGUGUGUACAUGUGUCUGUGUGUAUGUACGUAUAUGCGUCUGUGUGUGCUUGUGUGUAUGUAUGUACAUGUGUCUGUGUGUACAUGUAUCUGUAUGUACGUACAUGUGUCUGUGUAUCUGUAUGUACGUACAUGUGUCUGUGUAUGUAUGUACGUACAUGUUCUGUGUGUGUAUGUGUGUGUGUGUAUGUGUACAUGUUUCUGUGUGUGUGUAUGUACAUGUCUGUGUGUGUACAGGUGUCUCUGUUUGUGUGUGUUUGUUGGUG